CAAAAAUGCUCAGUAUCAGUCAGUAACCGGCCAACAUAUACAGAAGUACAUAUUGUCCUGUUAUCACAUUAUAAGUGGCAGGUGGACGAAUCGAACGUACAAUUUUGCUGCAAGACGAGUCACACUUCGGUUCUACUAAAACGGGUCACACUUGCAUUCUACUAAGACGGACCACGCUUGCAUUCUACUAAGACGGUUUACAGCAGUGGGUUUCCGAUGGCCGGGUUGAUAAUGGCUCAAGAUGUUGCUGAUAUCGAUGUCACCGUAGACAAGGAGAACUACAGGGAUGGACUGAUGCAGAUACUACUGGUCAUCCGACCACACUGGAAGGCAGAGGAGGUCCGCUUUAAGAGUAUGCGACAAGGAUACAUCAACCUCAUGCUCGUCUGCCUUGUGAACGACAACCAGGAAGAGUGGCUGGUUGCCAGGAUAUUCGGUUCGGGGCUUGACCCAGCUGGAUGUCUUGGAUUCCGCCGCCAGAGAGAGGUGAAGUGUUCAAAAGCGCUUGCAGAGUUGAAGCUUGGUCCGCCAGUCUAUGCUUCUUUCCGCAAUGGACUCAUUUUCGGCUUUGUGGCGGGCAAGCAGUAUGGUUGGGCUGAUGUGACCGCAUUUAGAGAAAUGAAAACUGCCAGAGCCGUGGCCCGAGCACUGGCACACCUUCACAGUAAACGAACAACAGAUUAUACAUUGGCUAAAUACGGUAUCCUAGAGGGCCAGUCGCACAACACGAUUAUGAAACAGUUACUGGACAACUGGCCCCAAGUUAUCAUUGAUGAGGAGACGACAGCAUGGGUCAAUAAUCAGAUUCCGCCGCUAAAAGAUCGACAAGCCGAAUUUGACCUCCUCCUCAACCGAUUCGACGCCUUAAAUAUCCCUGAGACCCUGUGUCACGGCGACCCUAACCCCACCAAUAUGAUCUAUAACGAACAAGAAGACAGUAUCAUUCUGGUCGAUUAUGAGAUGGUAGGUAUGAUGAACCCCCUGUACGACCUGGCAGGCUUUAUGGGGACGUCUGCGUUCGGGCUGCUGCCAGACAUCGAGAGUUUGGAACAUACUAAGGAUUACCAGCGGACAUUCGUGAAGGAAUACCUCGAAAAGUUGGCGAUAAUCGACAAAUGUGAGGAACCAGUAACGGAGGACAAGAUUGAGGGAGUGUACAACAUCAUACAAGUGAUGAUGAUGGCCAUCCAUUUCGCAUUGCAUAUAUUCGCAGCACAACUUGCAAACUCACCAAACAGUACAGUAUCCGACCGCAAAGACCUACUGUGCCUUAGUCUUCGCCGUCUUGAGUAUUACUACAAACACAGAGAUAUGGUACUGGCAAUAAAGCUACCCGGUGAAUAAAGUUCCUUACGAUUGGAGCAAAAGUCGGCUGAGGCCACAAGUUAGAGCUUAGCGGCGAAUGGUCGGGAACCGUAAAAUUUUCUAGGGGGCACCACCUAAAGCUACCCGGCGGAUGAAAGGAUAAUUGUAGAAAUAUCUCUCAUCAGGAGCCGUCAAGGUGAAUAAUGGGGGCUCCAUAUGUCUGUGUCCUAACAAAAACACUGACACUACUGUGCUAUUAUUCUAUGAGCCUCACUUCAGGGAUUUCUUAUCCAUGAUCGAGACUCUGAGGGUGAGAGGCGAAGUAUCCAGUCUGGUUACUCAAGGAAGUAUUCAGAAUUCCUGUUUUCCCCCCCCCCCCCCCUGUGUCAUUAAAAUCCAGGAAAUCUUAUUGUUCACAACGCUAUAUAAUGUUGUGUCACUCUUACAGCUUAAGCUUAAUAAAGAUCUCACCAAAACAGAAUGUAACCGUUGGCCUUAGAUUUGAACGACAUAUAGAAAAAAACUCACAACACUUGCAAAGUCAUUAUUAGCGAGAAUAAGUAUGUUGCUGGAUGAGGAGGUGCACGGAAGGGAAUUCGAACAUUGUCAUCUUGGUUACCUAGAUCCCAAACCUAAUUUGUCCCUUCAAAUCACAGCCGGUGUAAUGUUUUUGAGUGUUUCUAUUUUUGAGUGUCUCCCCUCAUUGUUUGGGAACGCUAAAAGAUAGAUUGACAAGUUUUUCUGUGUUUCCCCCUAUUGAAAAGUCAUGGUCUCUCUAGCUGCCUAUUGUUUGGAAACACUGACACAUGGGAAACAACCACAGAUGUUACACCGGCACAGUGAGCAUCGGCAGAAUGGAUUCCAAGAGAAUCGACUCGAACUUUAGAACAAAUCCGCCAUGUUGCUGACAUCAUAUUGUCGCCAAAAACUAUUUCUUUUGACCCUGUUGACCUCGAUUCUAAAAACUUUUUCGAAAAGACCAUUCAAACGUCAAAUCAACUUCAAGCAUUAUCUUUUAUAUCACUGAGGUAUAUGAAUACGAUAUAUCGAGAAAAAUCUGUACAACUAUCUAAAUAUAAGAUUACUUGGAACUAUUUCGGACAAUCACUCUGCCACCUGCGCGACCUAGUCACAAUUUCGGCGCGUUUUCAAUAUGGCGACAACUUGAAUGGUAUUAGAGGGGUGUCAUCUAGUCAUGCAUUACCUGGCUCGUUAAUAACAGGCAAAGAAAUCCCCACGUGAACAUGAAAGCCUCGACGGUAAAGCGCUCAGAGUGUCAGACCGUGGUUCGGCUGGUCUUCGACUCCCGUUGAAUCUGCCACUUUUUUUUCAUCUUUGUCUUCAUUAUCUUGUUAUCUAUUCAUUCAUGUUCAUGUUAUUAUUUUCAUUAUCAUCAUUAUCACUAUUAUAACCUGAAUAAAACCAGCGAAACAAACCUUUUCAAACUUUCCGGGCGUUCGAGUACUUCCGAGGAUGAUUCGUUUCAGUAGCAAGAUUUCUCGAGGCUUCAUUGGGUUGGAAAAGUAUUUCUGUCAGACCGUGACUUCUCCAAUCAGAAUUACAAAAUGUAGUUAAAGAGCAUCCUGAGAUUCAGGCUUUUUAUACUCCUUCGUCAUAUCGAGAGGCGGAGUAGAUUGAAAACCACUGCUGCUAGGAUGUUCAAAGGGGAUCGCCGUUCGUUCACAUAUAUUUACUGGAGUACCGGGUACGGCGGGGCGUGUGUCAUUUUCAUUCAAGCGACGACCACUGUAAACGGGCAGACGCCGUGAGCCGAUAAAAAUCACCAACUGCGAUAAAGAUCUCACCAAAACAGAAUGUAGGCCUAAUCGUUGGCCUUAGAUUUGAAAGACAUAUAGAAAAAACCUCACAACACUUGCAAAGUCAUUAUUAGCGAGAAUAAGUAUGUUGCAGGAUGAGGAGGUGCACGGAAGGGAAUUCGAACAUUGUCAUCUUGGUUACCAAGAUCCCAAACCUAAUUUGUCCCGGCACAGUGAGCAUCGGCAGAAUGGAUUCCAAGAGAAUCGACUCGAACUUUAGAACAAAUCCGCCAUGUUGCUGACAUCAUAUUGUUAGACCGUGGUUCGGCUGGUCACGGGUUCGACUCCCGUUGAAUCUGCCACUUUUUUUCCUGUUUUUUCUUCAUUAUCUUGUUAUUUAUUCAUUCAGGUUCAUGUUAUCAUUUUCAUUAUCAUCAUUAUCACUAUUAUAUCUUGAAGAAAACCACCGAAACAAACCUUUUCAAAAUUUUCGGGCGUUCGAGUACUUCCGAGGAUGAUUUGUAUCAGCAGCAAGAUUUCUCGAGGCUACAUUGGGUUGGAAAAGUAUUUUUGUCAGACCGCGACUUCUCCAAUCAGAAUUAGUUGAAGGGCAUUCUGAGAUUCAGGCUUUUUAUCACUCACACAACGUAGUGAGUGUAAUGGUUACGUAUACACUGUAUGUAAAGUGUAAACAAAAUGCAUAUAUCCAUCAUGUCCAUCGAAUCUGAAAAAAUUUGUGCAGACCCAUGACAAUUCUGGUUCCGGUAUAGUUUUGUCGCAUUCCAUGUGGGCCGCGCAUUGGCCGAUCCUGCAUGCAUGACGCACCGCACCCACAGUUACGACGUCGGACGUGAAUCCCAUUUGUUUGGCAAUGUUUGCCUGUGUUUGAUAGUGUGGACGGGUCCCCAAACAUUCGCCAACAUGAUGUUGGCUCAUGUUGGCCAACGAUUGUUGGGGAAUGUUUGCUAGUGUAGACCAGGCUAUAUAGUUACUCUGCCAAACUCGAAAAUAUUCUGCAGCGAAAAUCUCUUGU